UCCCUCCCUCAGCUGGCAAGGAAAACAACAGAAGAAACCCUUUGAGACCCUUUGAGGUUCUUAGCCCAAUUUCUCAGAUUUCGGACUCGAAGAACCCCCGUCAAGAUGUUCGGUUGGGGAAAAAAGGAAGAGAAGAAGCCAGCAAAUCCUCGCAGGAAGGCAGACCUUUCUAAACUUGGUCUGUUCGACAUUCCGGACGAUUUCGGCCAGAUCGGAGUCGACAGCGGUGGAGACAGUGACAACGAUGCCGACCUGGAAGCCGAAUUGGCGGCUUUGACCACAGGAUCGGCGGCUAGGAAGCCCAAGAAGAAACCAGCGCCGGGAGUUAAUCUCGACGCGAUGGUCGCAGCCAGCAUGCGGGACAUCCCGUCCGACGAGGAGGUAGAUUCUGCCGACGAAAAUGACCCCGACCUUUUGGCUGAGCUUGGAGAGUUGGUUCCUGAGGCAGAGGAGGCUGAAGAAGAACCUCAACCAGUCGCUCCACCUCGAAAAUCUUCUCAGCCAGCAGCGCCAGCAGCUCCAACACCAAGUUCCUCUGGAGGACUUGUCGGCUUGCUAGAGGAAAGAAUUGAAAUGUACAAGAAGGCAGAAAAUUCUGCCAAACAAGCUGGUGAAAGUUCCAGAGCCAGAAGGUUCAAUCGUGGUUUGAAAACAUUGACAGACCAACUUAAACAAGCCAAAGCUGGCCGCCCAGUGCCAGAGGAAGAGAUUCCACCGGUUGUGUCUGCAGCGGCUUCAAUUAAGCCACCUGAAACUCCCGUGCCUCCUGUUGAAGUUCCACAAAAUCCAUCCGAAACACCUCCUCCGACCCAAGAACCACUAAUUCCGAUCAGAGCAGCACCUCCUGUCCCUCCAAACAGGGUGGCGCCAGCAGCCCCUUUGCCUGCUCCAAUUCAAGAAGUUAAAGAGGACAAAACUCUGAUUGAACUUCAGCAACGUCAGAUGUUAUUCAAACAGGCAGCUUUGACAGCUAAGAAGUCGGGAGACAUGGAACAGGCCGUCAAAUACCUCAAAGUUUCAAAACAAUUUGAUUCAGUGAUUGCGGCAGUUAAGAGUGGAAACCCAGUCGACCUUUCAGAAAUGCCUGAAGCACCUUCUUCAAGUCCUCCAGCAGCAGCAACACCUGUUUCGAGACCGGCUCCUCCUGUUCCAACUACUCCAAAACCAACUGAGGCUGAAGUUCAGUCGUCUAGUGAAGGUGCCGAACCUGAAGUUCUGCCGGAACCUCUGGCCAAUCCGAAAGCACCCAGUCUGCCUCCUGAGCUGCUUGACCCUCCUGCUCCAACUUCAGUAGCUGAUGCUCUUAACCAGAGGCUGGCCAGGUACCAGGCAGAGGAAAAAUUGGCCAAAGAUACAGGAAACAGCAGCAAGGCGCGAAGAAUGGGUCGCAUCGUCAAGCAAUACCAAGACGCAGUCAAAAUGCACAAGGCUGGAAAGCCUAUUCCUGUAGAAGACCUUCCGACUCCUCCAGGAUUUGCUCCGAUUCCUGUGCCUGGCGCGGCAGCCCCUGCUUCUCCGCCAGUUGCGAUGGUUGAACCAGCUGAAGAACCUACAGAGGCCCCAUUAGAAGAGCCGCAGCCUCCGGCCAAGGUUUCAAAACCACCAAGACCAGACGCCACCCCGACGGCAGCUGCCAAACUCCAAGUGCCAGCCCGUAAAAGCCCGCAGCAGACGCGGCAAGAGAAACAAAUAAAUCUACUUCUGGCUAAGCAAAAGGAAUUCAAAGAAGCAGCGCUGGCUGCCAAAAAACGGGGUGACAUUUCGGAGGCGCGAGAACUCCUUCGCCAGGCCAAGGGUUUUGACGCGCUGCUCCAAGCCUCGGAAUCAGGUCUGCCAGUUGAUCUUGACACUCUGCCUGUUCUGCCAAGUCUGACUGCCUCGCUCGACGCUGAUUUUGAGUAUGUCACCCCCCCUGCUAAUUGUACAGGCGACGAAGCCUCGGAAAUUUAUGUGAAAAUUGAAGAUGAUCUCAAAAAACAAAUGAAGCUGUGUUUGGCCACAAGAGAUCACUACAAGGCAACAGGAGACGUUGCCGGAGCUAAUAAAUUUGAGCAGUUGGCUGUGCAAACCAAAAGGGACUACAACAUGGUCAAAGCAUGCCAUUUGAGGGGUGAAACUUUGCCCCGGUUCCGAUAUGAGAACCGUGCCUUCCAAAUAUUACAAUGUAAUACAGAUUUGGGUGAAAACGACUUGGAACUUGUGAUUGUUCAGGGUAUUAGCUACACUGUGCCUAAUCCAAAGGAGAUUGACACCUAUGUCAAAUAUGAGUUUCCGUAUCCAACUGAAACUCCGCCUAAAGACAAGACUGCCUUGAUCUACAACACGAACAAUCCUCAGUACAACCAUAGUUUCACGCUUCCCAUUUCAAGAAGCUCUCGCCCAUGCCAGAGAGUUUUUAAACGGCACGCGAUAAAACUUGAAGUGUGGUCAAAGGGUGGAUGUUCCUGGUGCUGUUGUAGUGGUUUCCUGAGGAGUGACACACUAAUUGGCACCGUCAACGUUAAACUGCUGCCUUUGGAAACAAAAUGCACCAUUCACGAGACAUUCCCUCUGAUGGACGGUCGUAAGGCUGUUGGAGGCCAACUAGAAGUCAAAGUUCGCUUGAGACAUCCGAUCGUGGCACGGCAGGUGGAGCAGCGCCAAGAGCGGUGGAUCGUGGUGGCCCCCAACGAUAAGUAGCGUCCCUUACUUAAACUUCAAAAACAAUUAUUGCGAUUCAUUUUUGCGCUCUACUGCCGAGGUCAAAGCAUAUAUUUUGAGAUCCCCUAAUUUAAAGUGGAAACAUUCUGCUUGAGUGGAAAAUUGGGACGUCCCCAUUUGUCAGUCUUGCCCCUGAUGCUGCUAUUUUUAAUUGUUGUGUCCUCUUUACUCGCUUGAUAACAAUUAAACUGAAAUGAAAUGAGCGUUAAAACUUCAGUUGCAAAAAUACAUAUGUGAUAAGAAUUAAAUUAAACUGAAAUUGACAUAAAAUUUAAUCGAAGGAGUAAUUAUUUAAUUUUAAUCGUUUGUAUCAAAAAUAAAUAAAUAAUUUUAUUUUGAAAUGGA